AUGACUUACAUCUACAACAACAGGCCAGGGGUGACCCGGAUUACAUUGUUUGAACACACUGGCAGUUUCAAUGACCUCGGCUUUGACCUCGACUUUGCUUGUUACAUCCUGUCUCGUACGCAUAUUGGUCCAUGCUAUUGGCCAACAGAAGUACCCAUAUACGACUUCUGGCCUCUAUCUGACGAACCCUUGGGUUAUAUAGCUAUGAAUUAUCAUGGCGGUCUGCUUGUGGUACCCUUAGAAAGAAAGGAAUAUGAUGUCCUGGUACCCAUUUAUGGGUUCACUGCUCAAGAUGAUGGCAAAGAACUUUAUGAUACUGAAAUGGUAUCGAGAGUUCACAAAACCAAAUUGAUUUCUGUAUGGACAUGGCUUACUCUCGAAAAGAAAUUUGAUGUACAACUAGCACCUUGGCCUUUUGGUCACUAUCUUACUGCUACUUUCAACAACGCUGACGACUGCAAUGACAAUUUUACCGACAACUUCAAUGAUGGCACGCACAGUGAAGCGUUCACUGAUUAUACUGCAGGAUCCUACUACCCACAAGGGUUUGGAUAUCCAUCUAUUGACCAUGAUAGGGUCUCACUAUGGUUUCAUACCCAGCGCCAGUAUGAGCUCGCUGGCACUAGCACUGGGAUCACCCCCAGCGCCAGCACAGCCGAUGGUACCUGCUUCAGUACUGCCAACGGCAUCAUUUAUGACGUAAUGAGGCCCACAACCAACACCUUCCCUGCAGAGGAGCUUCGCUGGACCAAAACAACCUCAGAUCAGAAUGCUUAUUUCGACUUUAACCCAGGAAUUCGCUUCCAUUGGCAUCACCUACAAGAAACGUACGAUCACAAACCCAACUCCAUGGUCUCCGAACUUAGAAAGGUGCUUGGUCAUUGCAUGAAGCCUGGCAACGAUAUGGGUUUUUGUGUGGAUUCUCAGUCUUCACACGAGCGCAUUGUCAGGAUGACAGCUGUCAUCGAUAGCAAUGUCCAAGCUAUUGAUUGGCAAGUUAUUGUAGAAAUAGUCAACCUACAGAUGGCCAGGGAACUCUGGCAUCACAUGCUCUUACGUCCCACUAGUAGCCAACCUUCCAGUUGUGUUGCGGACGUCUACUGGGAUCAAAUUGUUGACCAUGAGGGAAACCCUUCGAUGACAAUAAUUGCUCUGAUUGUUUGCUUGUUUUAUGAGUGGUGUCAGAAGUCACUCCGGAUGCAGCUUGGCAAGACUGGUGACACCACAAUCACAAAGCGCACACAACUAAUGUCAAACAUGUUGCUGAUGAAGUUCCUUUUGUCCCAUGAGGAGAGCCUGGACCAAGGCAUACGAACAGGCGAGCAUAGUCCCAGCGCCCAUCACCCGCUACCUCCACCUGAACGCGUAUCAGUGGGUAUCCAGGCUCAGCCAUCAUGGGCAUACAAGCCCGCUGGAGGUAGUGGCAAAAUUGGUCUUUAUCUCCGCCUCUUAACGCCCUUAGUUCCAAGUCCUAUAACAGAACCUCCAAGAAGCUCUCAAGACAGCAGUAUGGACCUCUCAAGUGACGCACAAGAUGAGAAGCAAAUUGAAGACGAUAUUCACCACCCAGGGGAUACUGGCAGUUUACCUGCACAACCCAGUACCCCUAUCUCAAUGCCUGCGCCCCUAUGUUCCAAUCCUCCACUUCAAACACCUACAUUCAUUUGUGCACCGUACAUGCGGAUCAAGAAUGAUAACGAUGCUGGCGUCAGAGAUAUCGUUUUCAGCUCAAACAAUGGCGUGCAGACCCCAAAGUUGUUGCUACAGCAACUCCUGGGACGGCUGUCAGAGAUUUUCAUUCCAAAUAUAACUGUCGAACCACCUUCCAAUGAGGCUUCGACGCCGUCUGAGCACACACAUCUGUCACAUCUGGAGCUUCUGAGUCCUCAUCGGCCGCUUCCUCUGGCUCAGAGUCAUGAAGAACGGGAUCAGUCAAGGGUGCCUGAAGGUCGAUCUGGAGAUGCACAUGGUGUUUAUCGCUCAAGUACGGCUGCACAGGCACAGCCUUCAUGGCCAGAAGCACCAGGACGUGAAUGUGAACACAAUCAGGACAGGGACUCCCAAUCUCAAUCGCAAUAUUCUCGCUCAAGAAGCCAAGGACCUAUAUAA